AUGCUUACACGGCUCUCCGCGCCCAACCAUCGCCGCCGGUGGACUUUCCUCCGUCUCCUUUCGAAAACUUCCACCACAACUUCCGUCGCCGAUCACCCGCCAUCACGAAGCUCAGUUCCCUUGAGCUCAUUCAUUCUCAGCCCAUCAGACCGGCGAAGCACACCCCAAACGACCACCACCGAGCCGCCGCCAGAUGCUGCUUCUCUGACUUCCCUAAUUCUCAAUUCGUCCGACCGGCGGACCUUGGCUCAGAAGCUCCACUCCCCUUCCAUUCAAUGGAGUCCGGAGCUCGUCAAUACGAUCAUGAAGCGGCUCUGGAACCACGGCCCGAAAGCUCUGCAAUUUUUCCACUUGCUCUCCCACCACCCUUCGUACUGCCACGAUGCCUCUUCAUUCGACCACGCCAUCGACAUAUCGGCUCGCCUCCGCGAUUUCCGAACUCUGUGGACUCUGGUCUCCCGGAUGCGAUCAACCAAGAUAGGUCCUUCGCCGAAAACAUUCGCCAUUAUUGCUGAGAGGUAUGCUUCUGCGAAAAGACCUCAUAAGGCUCUGGAUAUCUUCUUGUCUAUGCAUGAAUACGGAUGGUUCCCUGAUUUGAACUCCUUCAAUGCGCUUCUUGAUGUGCUGUGCAAGUCGAAUCAUGUGGAAAUGGCUUAUAAUUUGUUCAAGGCGUUGCGAGGGAAGUUCCGUGCUGAUUGUGUCAGCUAUAAUACAAUUGUGAAUGGUUGGUGUCUGAUUAAGAGGACGGGGAAGGCGGUGGAGGUGAUGAAGGAGAUGGUGGAGAGGGGGGUGAGUCCGAAUUUGACUACAUACAAUAUAUUGAUUAAAGGGUAUUUUAGAGCUUCUCAGAUUGAGGAAGGCUGGAAGUUCUUCUUGGAAAUGAAAAAGAGGAAAUGGGAGGUUGAUGUUGUGACUUAUACUACUGUGAUCCAUGGGCUUGGUGUUGCAGGCGAGAUUAAGAGAUCUCGGAAUGUUUUUGAUCGGAUGGUCAACGAAGGAGUUCUUCCUUCUGUGGCAACUUACAAUGCUUUUAUUCAGGUUUUGUGUAAGAAGGACUGUUUGGAGAAUGCUCUAGUGAUUUUUGGAGACAUGGUGAGAAAAGGUUAUGAGCCAAAUGUAACAACUUACACUGUGCUCAUUCGAGGGUUGUGUCAUGCUGGUGAAUUUGAGAAGGCAUUGCAGUUUAUGGGGAAUAUGAAAGGUGAUGGUUGUCAGCCGAAUUUGCAGACCUACAAUGUGAUGAUUCGGUACUUAUGUGAUGCUGGAGAAAUCGAUAAGGGGUUGGAUUUGUUUGAGAAAAUGGGUGGUGGGGAUUGCUUGCCCAGUUUGGAUACCUACAACAUUCUGAUAAGUGCAAUGUUUGUCCGGAAAAAAGCAGAUGAUUUAUUAUUUGCUGGGAAAUUGUUAAUUGAGAUGGUUGAUAGAGGAUUCGUUCCUCGGAGAUUUACUUUCAAUCGGAUACUUAAUGGGCUGUCAUUAACUGGUAGUCAUGAAUUUGCUAGGAAGAUUCUGAGAUUGCAAAACGACCAGCUUGUAGAUGCCCACCUUCACCAUGCAAAGAUUACUACUACAGCUGUUUAUUGGUUCGUCUGUAACUCACCAUCUCCCAAGUCUUGCGAGCAUUAUGCCUGUGCUGAGGAUGUCAACAAGCAGCCACUGCUUGAAUACAACGAACAGUGAGCAGUGGUUCCAUCACAAUGGCUGAAUUGCCUGUACCCCUCUUCCACCUCCGUGUGCUUCAUCCCAUCCUGUCAAUUCAACUUCAAUGUACUUCGAUGCCCUGUCCUCCCCGUCAAUUCCCCUCGCCACAACCUCAACAAUUUGCUCCACAUGUUCCCUCGUUGGCUUGUUAAACAGCAAGACCUCAUUGAUUCGUUGUGAUAUCUCGGCCCGAAGAUGCCAUUCAGAAAUAUGCGAAAUCCUGUGCUUCCAGUUCCUGCCGCGAAACAUUGGAGUAAAUUCCUGCCGCGAAACAUUUCAAGGAAGGAUAUGGCCGACGUUGUGGUGGGAAUAUUCGUGAGACGGCGUGGUGGCAUUGGAGGUCAUGAUGACGAUUGCUUGUCGAAAACUGACUUCCUGCCCGUCCACGCCGGCGGCGAGAUUCCCGCCGUCGACGAUUUGCAGAAUCGCGUCGGCGAUGUCGGGUAGGGCUUUCUCGACGUGACGGAGCAGGACGACGGAGGCUGGCCUGCGGCGGAUUGUUUCGGUCAGUCGGGAGGUGAAGAGUUCUCGUGGGUAAUCGGCCGCCCGGUCGAUUCUAAUCAGCCAAUCUGCCGACCCGAGGAACUCGAUUGCUAAUGCUCUGGCUAGCAGUGAUUUCCCAACUCCGGUUGGGCCGUGAAAGAAGAAGCUGGCGAAUGGCUUGUUUGGGUCUUCGAGAGCUGUACUGGCGCGGCGGAGUGCAAGGGUGAGUGCCUUGACAGCUUCGUGUUGCGGCCAAAGACAUGGGCUUUUAGCCUCUGAUCCAAGUCCAGAAGAUUAUCUUUCUCAAGCUUCACCUUCAACAUGAUCUUCUCUGGGUACUGGUUUGUUCUGUCUGGGAUUUAAGUGAUGAUUUUGGGUUGGAUUCCCUUCUCUUUGUGUCGUUCUUUAUAAAGUGUAGCAGAAGAGAGGAGAGGAGAGGAGAGAUUGCCCGAUUUUCAAUUUCCAAACGGUUGGAGGGAGUUCCCGGAGGCGGCCAUCAUCAGAAACAGCUCCAGCAUCAAAAGGAGCAAACCAUAUUGAUUGGCCUGGCUUGGCUAUGCAUCCACAGCUUCAGCUAGCUACUGGCUAGCUUAUCAUCAGGAAUCAGGAUAGCUGGUUAGUUUAUCUUGUCAUUUUCUGCUGCUGUGCUCUGCUUUCGCAGCAAGCUGCAUGCGGGACUUUUGAUUAAUCAAAGUGGGAGGAGUAGGGGUGUUCGUUUAUCCCGUAAUAUUUUCAGCUUCCGGGUUAAAAUAAAAUGCACGUUAUACCACUAAAUUUGAGAAUUGGGGAAGAGAAAAACUUUAGGGAGAAACGAAUUGAAGGGGUG